GGUAGAAGCUGAUAUACAUGGUCCCCGCACGUGACCGGGUGGGUCGGUCACGUGCCCUCUUGGAGGGUUCUCGCAACAGCGCCGCUGUCGUUACCUAGGAGGUAGUUUCAAGAAGCUGUUCGAACCCUCAGGAGCAUAGUAGCAGCAUUGGCAGCGGAACUACCUGUCAUCCGGGUGGAUAGGGACCGACCAAUAUGCGUGCUUUAUGUCGAACUGAAACAACAACUUGUGCGAAGGAUUGGAGAGGAAGUCGUGAACGGCUUCCUGGUUGCGCAUCCACGAUAUCGCGGGCAAUUCUCUGCAGCAGGACUUUGCCGAUGCUGUCGUCCAGCUCCUGCCACGGUGCGAGACUCGUUGAGCGCCACUUCAUUGCGCUAUGCCGAUACGCCUGGCAUACUCGCGUAAAGUACUCCAUGCGCUGUUCGGCUGUUCCAGUGCAACAGUACCUGGACUUUAGCAAUAAACAAUACCGAUAUCGGGCUUGCGUAUUCAUCCCCUGGGGCUCACAUUCGAGCGGCUUCAACGCCGUCGGCGUGGACAACGCACGCGAAUGAGAAGGU